AUGGUGUAUUUUCAGCUGGCCCAAGUGCGAUAUAUCACUGCUAAGCAGAGGAAAAGGAAGUUGAAGAGUAGGAAGCCAAUGACCCCUGUAGUUUCCAAAGUCAAGAAAAUCAAAAUCAAGGGAUACUCGUCAUUUAAAGGCAGAUUCAGGGUAAUGAAUGAUGGGAAGAUCAGGCGCUGGAAAGAGGGGAAAAGGCAUAAUGCAUUCUCAAAGUCCAAGAAGUCCAAACGUCGCCUCAGACAACCUGGCAUAGUCCCAUUGGCUUAUGCCAAAGUGAUGAAGAAGCUCAACUUUUGCGCAUAA